AUGGCUAUGGAAAGUUACAAGGACAAUUUGAUGAGACUCUGUCUCGACAGGGGCGCACUAAUGUACGGCGACUUCACCCUCAACAGCGGCCUCAAAUCGGAUGUCUUCUUCAACUCCGGCGUGCUGAGCGACGCGGAGUCGUUUUCAGCGCUCGUUGAGGUGCAGGUCCAGCUGCUGAUCGACCAGAAGCUCGACUUCGACGUGCUGAUUGGGCUCCCUUACAAGCGGCCUGAGAGCGUGGCGGCGACAGCGGUCCCGCGCAAUGGCAUCUCUAUGGCCGCCGCCAUCGCCAUGAAGUACUGGGAGCGCACCGGGAAGCGCGUCAGCUUCGGCUACCACCGCAAGGAGCCGAAGGACCACGGAGAGGGCUCGCUGUUCGUCGGCGCCCCCAGCGCCUUCGCGCCCGGCACCAGGGUCGUCGUCAUCGACGACGUGCUGACCACGGGCAAGGCGCUGUUCAAGGGGAUCGACCUCGUCCAGCCGCUGGGAGUCAACGUGGUCGGAGUGGUGGUCAUACUCAACCGCGAACCCACGCAUGGAACUGUUGCGCAGGCGCUCGCCACGCGCGGAAUACCCGUGCUGUGCGAGGCGUUCACGCUCAACGAACUGCGAUCGUACGCGCAGAAGCGCAACUAA